UGACGUCAUAGACAAGGGGCAGCCAUAUUGUCUUAUUUGUAAACAAGGAUCUUGACUCAUAUUCACGUUUUAUUUUGAAAUCAACAUUACUUGUCUUUUUUCAGACUUGGUGGAUAGCAACCAUGGGGUGUAUAAUCGGUGGACUUGCAGGAACCGUAGCAUGUUGUUUUGGGAGUGCUGCAUGCAGUUUGUGUUGUGCGUGUUGCCCAUCAUGUAAGAAUUCCACAGCAUCUCGUAUUGGUUAUGCAUUGAUGCUAGUAAUAGGUACAAUUGUGGCGGCUGUCAUGUUGGAUCCUGGCUUACGGGAUACGUUGGAUAAGAUUCCGGGCUUGUGUAAGGAUUUUCUGGGCAGUAAUUAUCAAGUGUUAAAAACUGAACAGUGUGAUAAUGUAGUUGGAUAUCUUUCUGUUUAUCGGGUUUGUUUUGCAAUGGCUGCAUUCUUUUUUCUAUUUUCACUGAUAAUGAUAGCAGUGAAAUCUUCUAAAGAUCCACGGUCUGGAAUACAGAACGGAUUUUGGUUUUUUAAGAUUUUGAUAAUGGUUGGUAUAUGUGUGGGUGCAUUUUUCAUCCCACGUGGUGCCUUUGGGCAAGCAUGGAUGAUUGUAGGUAUGAUCGGAGGAUUUAUAUUUAUUUUAAUUCAGCUGAUUCUUUUGGUUGACUUUGCUCAUGGAUGGGCUGAGAGUUGGGUUGGUAAAUACGAAGAAACUGAAAAUAAAUGUUACUAUUUUGGUUUGUUCUUCUGUACUGCUGUGUUCUAUAUUCUUGCUCUUGCCAUGGUAACUUUAUUCUACAUUUAUUAUGCCGAUAAUGCGGAUUGUAAGCUUCAUAAGUUUUUUGUCAGUUUUAACCUGAUCCUAUGUGUUAUCAUUAGUGUUGUUGCCAUCUUACCAAAAAUACAAGAACACCAACCUCGAUCAGGACUUCUUCAAUCUUCAAUCAUCACACUUUAUACAAUGUACAUCACUUGGUCAGCCAUGACUAACAAUCCAGAUAAGACAUGUAACCCAAGCUUGACAGACAUUUUUACACCUAGUAUUAUUAAUGGUACUACCACUGGUGGUACUACCCCUGGUGGUGGUCCUAAUGUACAACUAGCUGUAUUUGAUUGGCAAGGUAUUGUGGCUCUGUUGAUCUGGCUGUUUGCUGUUCUAUAUUCCAGUAUUCGAACCUCAAGUAACAGUCAAGUGGGAAAACUAACUUUGACGGAGAAAACUAUCUUACAGACAGAUACGGAUCCUCUUACAGGUUCCGACUCAUCUGCUGCUACUGAUGGAGGAGAGAAAGGCCAGAAUGUCUAUGAUAACGAGGAAGACGAGGUGGCGUAUAGUUACAGUUUCUUUCACUUUAUGUUAUGUCUGGGUGCAUUGUACGUCAUGAUGACAUUGACUAACUGGUACAGUCCCAGUUCAGACUUUAAAACUUUGAAUGCUAACAUGGCAUCACUAUGGGUAAAGAUAUCAUCCAGCUGGCUAUGUCUGACUAUUUAUACAUGGACCUUGGUGGCACCGAUCAUCCUCUCUAACCGAGAGUUUAAUUAGUUAUGAGUUGUGUAAACUCUCUCUCUCGAGUGAUGUUCAAUUUUAUUAAGUGAACAAAAAUUGUUUCAUAUAUUGUACAUUAAUUUUGUAUUGUGUAUAUAUUUUGAAUCGUGUAUAUGUAUUUAAAUUGUUAAAAUUACUAAAGCCAGGAGCUAAUAGACAUUUUCUUAUAUAAAUUUUUAAAAAUGAUUCUUAGAUUGAACACAAAAAAUACUGCAGUAAAUGCUGAAAACUGUUACCAACAGAUUAUCAAAACAAAAAUCUUAGCAAAGAGUGAAAAAGAUGGCAGUAUGAAAUCUACGAAAAUAAAGGUAAAAUUUAGAUGCUCAUAACUCAUGUUAGGAUUUAUUGAUUGGAUUGUAAAAAAUUUUGGUUAAAUAUUAUCUAUACCGUUUUUUUUUUUUUAGAACUUCAAAUUUUGUCUAAUGGUUUGGAUUGUUCGCACUUGGUUUUAUUUUAUUGUUAUAUUCAUUAUAAAAAAUGAGAUAAGAACUACGCUAACAGGAUUAAGGCAAGAUUAAUUAUGGUUUGGUUUUUUUUUUAGAUUAUUGUUUCAAGUACCAGAUACUUUUGCAUGCUAACCAAAUUUGCAUAACUUUGUAAAUGUCAGUUUUAAUAAAUUUGGUUAAAUUUGUGCUUUUUGAAUUUUUUUGUAAGUUUGAAUCAUAUUUUUUUGUUUUGUUAUCUCCAUUUAUUAUAUUUCAUAAAUAUUCUGAUGGGCUUAUAAAUAUGUUUAGAGUAACUAGAACAGUAUUGUAAUUGAUAAAGAAACAAUAAUUGAAUUUAUUUUAGAAUGACCUUCAAUCAACAUAAUUCUUACUUUAGUUCAAGUUGUAAAGUUGUACUGUACAUGUAUGUUAAUUGUGAAUUGACUUACAGAUAAGAACUUUUUUUUACACAAAAUGACGAAGAGGCCAGAUUAAAACAGUUAACUCCUUUAAAGUUAUUGUAUAUAGAAGUAUAGUGCUGUAUGUAAAACUCUCUGUAAAUAAAAGAAAUAUGUUAUGUUCCUCAUGCAUUUUAGUUGCUUUAUAUUCUUGAAAUCUUUCAUAAAAAUAACAGCAUAAUUAUUGUAACCGUUACUUAGAGAUUCUUGUGCUAUUUGUUAGCUAUGUGAAAUUGUUGUGUUUUUAGUAGACUUACAGGUACCUACAUGAAAUCAUUUUCUUAAUGGUUUUUUUUAAUGUGAUAUUGUAUGAAAUUAAUUCCAUUUAUUUUCUUGUUGGAAGUUCUAAUGCCCCUAAAAAAUGUAAUUGGAAGCAGAUGAGAAAUUUUGUAUUUCAAUCCGAAAAUGCAUCAUGUUUGAAUCAAAAUUUGUUUUCCAUCCACAGAAUAAGGUUUUCUUUUAUGUGCAUUUUGCAUAAAGUUCAAUACCUCAUGUGUAUGUCAAGUUCUUUUAUCCUUGUGUUUGUUGUCUGAAACUGUAUUGACAAAACCCACCUUAUGAUAGUUAUUAUUUGAUGUCUUAGUUUAAUGUAUUGUUCUAUAAUAAAAUAACUUGUGGUCUUUUUAAAAUA